CCGCCCCUUCUUUUCCUUUUCGCUGAUAGCGAUUGCAAUGUUUUACCUCUCUUCGGUUCUCUUUGCUUCUCGUUCGCUCUCUGGCAAAGUGGAAAAAUAGGAAAACAAAUUAUAAAUAUGCUAACAUCGCGGAUCGGAGCGGAAUGGUUAGUCAUUCUGAUUUUGACGAUGGCAACAAGCGGUACUAAACUAGAAAGUGGGACAUGCCCGGUGGCUACGGAUUCCGGCUGUGGCGGAACUCCUCCAGACCAGGCCCGGUACGACAAUUACCGUAUCUACAAUGUGGAGUUCGAGAACGAAGAGCAGAUCAAAUUGUUUCAAAAGCUGGAGGAACAGAGCGACAGCCUCACUUUUAUCGGUCAUGCCCGUGAAAUUGGCCAGAAACUGUCCAUUCUGGUCGCGGCGCAUCGGGUGGCUGAUUUCGCCGAUCUGCUCAAGACCUACAAGGUUAAGCAUCGAGUUCUGACCUACAACUUCCAGGAGAAGAUUGACCGCAACCUAAAAGAAGUUCAGCCGAUUGAUAUAGAUGCCUCACAGUUGGACUGGCAGCACUUUUUCCACUUGAAGACCAUCUAUGGGUGGCUGGAUAAAAUAGCCGAGAAGUACCCAGAACGUGUGACCGAGCUCGAUAUGGGCACCAGCACCCAAGGCAAUGCCAUUAAGGGCGUUAGGCUGAGCAGCAAUCCCAAUAACAAAGCCAUUUUCAUAGAAAGUGGCAUUCAUGCCAGGGAGUGGAUAGCCCCAGCCGCCGCCACGUACAUCAUCAAUCAGCUACUUACCUCCCAGGAUCCAAAGGUACAAAAACUGGCCCAGGACUACAACUGGAUCAUUUUCCCUUGUGUUAAUCCCGAUGGCUACAAGUACACAUUCGAGCACGAUCGAAUGUGGCGAAAGAAUCGCCAGUUGUUUGGCACCUGCCGAGGAGUGGAUCUGAAUAGAAACUACCCGGAUCACUGGAACAGCACGGGUUCUAGCAGCGAUCCCACACGCUAUGAUUUUGCAGGACCCUCUGCUGGCAGUGAACUGGAGACCCAGCGUUUGAUUGAAUAUAUACGCACAAGUGUAAGCAAAGAGCAGAUCAAGACAUACAUUGCUCUGCACUCUUAUUCCCAAAUGCUGAUGUUUCCUUAUGGUUACACUAAGGAGCGGGUGUCAAACUACGACGACUUGCAGGAGUUCGGCAAAAAGGCUUCGGCAGCAAUUAAGGCGGAGAGCGGUAAGGACUACGUGAGUGGCAGUCUGUAUGAGACCAUCUACCCGUCGAGCGGCGGUAGCAUGGAUUGGGCACAUGCUGAGGCGGGAAUCCCAAUUGCUUACACCUUUGAGCUACGGGGUCCUCCCGAUAGCCAGGAUCUCUUUAUCUUACCUGCGGUGGAAAUUCAACCUACGGCCAGCGAGGCCUUCACCGCCAUUCGCACCAUCGUGGAGGCGGCGGCCGAGAAGGGCUACUAUAAGUGAAGAUUCCUCGACUUUCGGGAACAAGCAUUUUUUUACGUUCAACGAUCUAGACAAACUUUAAGUGCAUUUUUUAUCUGAGACACGAUAUUAUCUUUAUCCAAAUAAAAAUAAACUUAUAUAAAAGC